CUGGGUGGGUGGGAGGAAGAUGUGGCUGUACGUAGGGCUGUUGUUGGUUGUGUAUUUCAUCUUCCAUAAAGUUUUCCGCCGCUCCUCCCCGAGUGUAAACCCUUUCUCCGGAGACACGAGGAGACCACCGCAGUCUCUAGUCACUGAUCCAGAAGCGAGGAAGCGACUUAUCCACAAAGGCUUUACUGCAGAUAAAGUGCCAGAAAACCUUGAUGCCAUUGUGAUUGGCAGUGGAAUUGGAGGACUCUCAGUAGCAGCAAUAUUGGCCAAAGCUGGUAAGCGUGUCCUGGUGCUCGAACAGCAUGACCAGGCUGGAGGAUGUUGUCACACCUUUAUUAAGAAAGGUUUUGAGUUUGACAUUGGAAUUCAUUACAUAGGGGAACUGUAUGAACGAUCCUUCCUGCGGAUAUUAGUAGACCAGAUUACAGAUGGUCAGCUGCAAUGGGCGAAAAUGGAUGACGUUUUCGACAAUGUAAUCCUGGGAGACCAGCAGACCCAGCGAAUAUAUCAUGUCUGUGGUGGGAAUCAAAAUUAUCGAAAUUGUUUGAAGACCCAGUUUCCUCAGGAAACAGAAGCUAUUGAUAAAUUCCUGGAACUUGUAAAGAUGAUUUCAAAAAAGAUAUCGUUGUUGGUAAUCAUUAAAAUGGUCCCUCUUCUACUGGCAAGGUUCCUGAUAAGGAGUGGCAUCAUCCACUGGACCUCAUCAAUUUUCAAGCUGGCAUCCACCCCACUUUCAGACGUGGUUAAUAAGCUGACAGAAAAUAAAGACCUUCGAGCAGUCAUGUGCUAUAUCUGUGGGGAUUACGGCGUCAUGCCUAAAGAGGCCAGCUUUGUGAUGCAUGCCACAAUUAUCCAGCACUACCAGAACGGUGCCUGGUACCCAAAAGGUGGUGCCAGUGAGAUUGCCUUUCACAUAAUUCCAGUUAUUAAGAAAAGUGGGGGAGAUGUUCUUAUGCGGGCACCUGUCCAUUGUAUAUUAAUAAAUAAAGAUGGUCAGGCAUGUGGUGUGACAGUGAAGAAGGGAAAAGAAGAAAUAAACCUGUUUGCUCCUGUUGUGAUUUCUGAUGCUGGAAUAUUUAAUACCUACGAACGAUUGUUACCUCAUGAACUGCGAAGUAAACCAGCAAUCCAGACUCAACUGAGUAUGGUACGGCAUGGAAUGGGAGGAUUCAGUGUCUUUAUCGGGCUGGAUGGUUCAAAGGAGGAGUUGGGGUUGAAAGCAGGAAAUUACUGGUUUUAUCGAGAGAACAAUUUCGACGAGCUUUUCAGUAAAUACUUCGCACUCAGCAAAGAAGAUGUCGCUGAAGGGUGUCCCUUCAUGUUUGUCUCCUUCCCGUCUGCUAAGGAUCCGGCUUGGGAUGAGCGUUUUGCAGGGAAGUCUAAUAUGGUAAUUGUGACGUUGGCACGAUAUGAGUGGUUUGAAGAAUGGAAGGAUGAACGUGUGAAAAAGAGAGGAGAAGAUUACGAAAAUUUUAAAAUGGAUAUUGCCAGAAGAUUAUUGGACCGAGUUACCGAGUAUUUCCCACAACUUAAAGACAGGAUCGAGUAUAUUAGGGUUGGGUCUCCACUUUCACAUGAGUUCUACAUAGCUUCUUCUCGUGGAGAAAUUUACGGUGCCAAUCAUGAUGUCUCGCGUUUUGCACCAGAAGCUAUUGCCUCCUUAAGAGCAAAAACGCCAGUCAAGAACCUUUACCUGACAGGUCAGGAUAUAUUUUCCUGUGGUUUUACAGGAGCCAUCCAUGGAGGCAUCAUUUGUGCAUCAAGAGUUCUUCAUCGCAAUUUGUACAAUGAUAUCAAGAACCUUAAGAAGAAAAUGAAAAAAGCAAAUGAAAAGAAGGAAUCCUAACAAAGCUGUUGAAAUUCUAUCUUAUUGGUUUUGUGAUUUUUCUUUUACAUUGAGUUCCAGUUUCUAUAUAAACAGAGGCAUUAAAACAUUUGAUAGUCAGCCAAUUAUUUCACUAUGUUAGAUGAGAGCUGGUGCAAAUGUGUUUCCUUAGGACUCCGAUAGAAUGCUACUAGAACUUAAUCACGUAUAUCACAAAUCUGGUUUUAUUCGCAAUGUGUACACAAUUGACUUUUUAAUUCAGAAUAUCCAACAUUUGGCAUCACUAUGAUGUCAGCUCCAGAAUCAAAUUUGCUGUCUAGUUUGUUAAUAAUGUGAUAUGAAUUGCAAUGAUUUUUAUAAAAAACUGAGUUGAUCAAAAAUUAAUCUUGGGGAAUGAGGAAUAAUUGUGAUGGUAUGUACAGCGGGUUAAUUCUGGAGACUGUUUAACAUCGAUACGGUUGGGCCUAGCACAUUUCCUAGCACUUCUUGUGCUGAGUACAUCACACAAACUGAAAACUGAAACAAAUAUAGAAAAUACUGAAAACACACCACACUACCUAGAAUUGACCAGGAAAUUCAAAUGCGAUCUUUUGCAAUGUUACUAGGGAGAGAGAAUUCAUAAGGAUUUAAUUGUAAAUUAUCUAAAAAUCAUUGUUCCCUCUGGUGAAAUACUAAUUGUGACGUUAUUUGAACUUGCUUUAAGAAUAAACUUGUAAGCAAUAAACCUGAA